UCUCGCGCUAAGCUCAGGCGGAAGGAAGGGGUCAAUCACCGUGCCUCCAAGUGCGAGAGAAAAAUUCACCUCCGGCGUAUCAACGACGCGACGCGUCAUGACCUAACGGUGGACCCACGGUCCGGGCCAGGGGAGACCAGCACGGGACUCGCUUCACAAAUCGGCGCCUCCUAGAGGAAGAGCGGCGAAGUAUACAGCAUGCCGGAGGAAGAGGAAGACGACGACAAAAAGGCCAAGGGCAAGAAAGACGACAAGAAGGCCAGCAAAGGUAAAAAGGAUGGCAAGAAAGGAGGCAAAGACAAGGGAGGAAAGGACGCCAAAGACAAGGGUGGCAAGGACAAAGGAGGAAGCAAAGGCGGAAGCGUCAAAGCGAGCGGCGCCGAAGUGGGUGGCAACAAGGACAAGAAAGAAAAACACCCCAGCAACAAAGAGUCGAUCAAGAGUCCCCCGCAGAAAUGGGAAAAGGAACCCAAGCUGGGACCCAGCAAAGAGUCGAUCAAGAGUCCCCCGCAGAAAUGGGAAAAGGAACCCAAGCUGGGACCCAGCAAAGAGUCGAUCAAGAGUCCCCCAGAGAAAUGGGAAAAGGAACACAAGCUGGGACCCGAGAAGGACAAGCCAUCAGAGAAGGGAGGCGAGAAGCCGGCGGAAGGAGCCAAGGAUGACAAGGCCAAGUUUGCCGCGAUAUUCAAAGCCGCGGAGGAGGCCAGUAAGAAGAGUAGCGGCGCAAUUCCGUCGGCUUCGAAGGAGAAAGCGGGCAAGCCCGAAGGCGCCGAGAAGGCUGAGAAGUCUUCCAUCAAGAGCGCCGCGUCCGUGGAGAAGACCCUGACGGAGACAUCGAAGACCGAGACGAGCGACAAGUCGUCCGUGCGCUCCGACAUCAAGAGCGAAGUAUCCGAGGUGGCGUUAGACCUCAAGAAGAAACCGUCCGUCAAGGCCCCCAAGGCAGACGAGCAGGCUGCCUCGAUGACCGUGGUUCGAACGCUGACGGCCCGGGGUCCGGUGUACGCCGAGCACCACUACGACGACGAGACGGACUACGACGACGGGAGCCGGAACUACAUCGAGAUCCAGAUGUUCGGCCGUCGACACUCGGCAAGCCACGUCGACCCGUCGUCGCAGGGGGGACAGGCCUGGAACCAGUGCCACUACGACGCGGCGCAGCAGCCGGUCUCCGAAGCCCUCGCCGCCCAGAGGACGACCGUCUCGUACGCCGGCUACGGCUCCGACGCGGGACACGUGCAAGCCGGCAGCCGCUGGACGUCCAACCAGCAGUUCUUCUCCGGCGCCGAUCCCGGAGGCGAGCAACGCGCUGACUACGGCGACCUCACCGUGUCCGUGUGGCAGGCGCCUCCGCAGCAGCAGAGCGACUUCUGCCGCGACGUGGCGGGCGUGCCGCACACGACUCAGUACACUUCGCCCAGGGAACUCAGAGCAGCUGCUCGCCUGGAGGCGGCGAGGAACGCGAUGGACGCGGCGAGGAAUGCGAUGAUCGCGCACAAGCUCAGGGAAAUGCAGCAGGGUCUGGCGGUGCCGCUGCCGGACGACGCGGUGACCACGGAGCGCGUAAUUUACGAAGUGACGCACGGUCGACCGAGUAGCCCGGAGUCGCCGGCGACACCGCCGUACCACGCUUCCAGCGGGCCCCUCGUCGUACGCAGUAGCCAGUUCUACGGUGCGCCCGGCGUCAGCCAGGCCAUUGUUCGACACGAGACGCGGCAGUCGAGCGCCACGCGCCUCCAGACCGCGAGCCCCCCACUGCAAGUGCGCGCCGACAGCAGCCACGGCGCCAUCUACAGCGCGGCCCCCGGCCCGAGCUCGAUGCACGGAAGCUCGCACGGCUUCCGCGGCCCAGCCGCGGCCCAGCCCGUGUCGCUCCGAUUGAGCAAGAGCGUCGGCGGCGUCGAGCCCCUGCAGGCCAAGGCGGCGGACAUCAUCAGGCAGCAGGCGAGCAUCAUCGAGCGCCAGUCGAACAUCAUCAACCGGCAGUCGAGCAUCAUCGAGCAGCAGCUGAACCUGGUGGACGCCACGCUCAGAGGGGGCGUGGCAUCCGCGGGCGGCGCCCAGCACCGGGAGGCGUACCACGUGACGCAGGUCGUGCCGCAGGAGUUCGGCGUGCCGGCGCUUCCCGGGGCGCAGGCGGAGGGCGACGCGUACGACGACGACGAGAUGAUCGUCAACGUCGAGGUCGUCGAGACGAAUCGAAUGUCCAGGAACCCUUGGAACCGUCGCUAAUGACGCCGGCAGGAGCGUAGGGUUCCACGCACCUAUCCCCAUCCCUGCACCGGUGUUGGCGCUUCGGAACAAACGAAGCAGCCCGUUCACUCGCUCUUCACGAGCAUCAUGUUGCAGUUUUUUUUUAUUGCGUUCGAAUAAAAAUUCGCUUCAUACAAUGUGU